UUGGAGUAUCCAGUAGAAGUCAUGGCUUUAAGAGUGACUGGCAUGGGGCUAGUAGUGGUUCUAUCUGCAAUGCUUUGGGCUAAAGCCAUGGCUCAAUCGGGUUGCACCACUGUGCUCAUUGGCAUGGCUCCAUGCCUAAACUACAUUACAGGAAGUUCCUCGAGCCCCUCUUCUUCAUGCUGCUCACAACUAGCCAGUGUUGUUCAGUCACAGCCGCGAUGCCUUUGUGUAGCACUCAAUGGCGGUGGUGCAGCUUUGGGUAUCACAAUUAACCAGACUCUCGCCCUGGCGCUCCCUGGUGCGUGCAAUGUACAAACUCCGCCUGUUAGCCAAUGUGAUGCAGCUGAUGGACCUGCAACACCUCCAUUACUGGCUUCCCCAAUGGGUUCUCCAGAAGGUACUCCAGAUUUUCCAACUAGCUCGUCAGUAUCAGGAAGUGGAUCUAAAACAGUGCCAUCCAAUGGUGCGGAUUCCUCAGAUGGGAGUAUUAUAAUGAAGAUGCGCCCUCAGCUCAUUGCCAUCCUUCUCUUCAUGGCUUCGUAUGCUUCAGUUUCAAGCAACCUCUGAGCUUACCGUGUCCGUGUGGGACCUUGGAGCUUCUAUAUGAGAUAUUGCUAUGUGUGUGGUACUUGUUUAAUGUUAUCUGUUUGUGAUGUUUGUGGGGUUUGUUUAAUGCACCUAUGUGAGAGUGAUUCAGGAGACUCUCUUCACGUCUGCUGUUUCCUCUGUACUGUAAGACUUUAUUAAUGUUAAAGAAUAAAGCUUUAUAACUUUGUGUGUA